AUGAAGUUCAGCAUCCUCACCACCCUCACCGCCAUCAUUGGCAGCACUGCCGCGGCCAACCAGGCUGUCGUAAUUAACAACUGUCCUGGCACUAUAUACGUUCAGUCCUGGCCUUACAACGGCGGUUCUCCUGGACCUCUCUAUACUCUCAAGUCUGGACAGAAGUUCUCUGAGAACAUGCGCUCUUCUGGUUCAACUGUCAAGAUUGCUACCACCAAGACGCUUACCAAGCCCCUCUUCUUCGGCUACUCCUCUACUUCCAAGCCAAACUAUGUUUACUAUGAAUUCAGCACUGAAUAUGGAAACCCCUUCGCCAACAAGCACAACAUUUUGAGCCCCGGCUCUGGCUGCAAGCAGUUCGACUGCAAGGCCAACCAGGCCAGCUGCUAUAGCACCCCAAGCAUGAAGAAGGUCUUCGGCUGCCCUAGCCCUGUCAGUGUGACAGCUCGCAUUUGUGCCUAG